AUAGGGUACUCUAAAGAUCAAUCCAGUAGUUCAGUUGUUAUAUCAGUUGGCAAGAAUCGAUAUUGUGCUUGUUAAUGGCUGCUUCUUCUUCUUCUUCUGUAUCAUACGGUGGUCGAUAUGAUGUGUUCAUCAAUUUUAGACGCGAAGACACUCGCAAGAUCUUUAUCGGCCAUCUUUACAAAGCGCUGGUUCAGAAAUCAAUAUACACCUUCAUUGAUGGUGACGAUCCGGAGCUCCCGACAACUAUCCAAGAGUCAAGGCUCUCGAUUGUAGUUUUUUCUAAAAACUAUGCUUCUUCCACGCGGUGCUUAAAACAACUUGUUCAUAUCCUAGCUCGUGUGGAUACAGAGAAGCAUAUAGUGGUGCCCAUUUUCUAUCAAAUAGAUCCGUCUGAUCUUCGUAAACUCGCUGGAAGUUUUGCGAAAGCUUUUGCUCAACAUGAUCACGAUUCUAACGCCAACAUCGAUGAGGUGCAGAGCUGGAGGUCCGCUCUAACUAAAGCCGCCAAUUUUUCCGGUUGGGCUUCACGAGAUUAUAGGGACGAAGCCAAGUUUAUUGAGGGAGUUGUGCAAGAUAUUUUUAAUCAAUUGCUCCAAUUCAGCAAAGUUUACGUCAGUUUUAGAGGGGAAGACACUCGCAGGGGUUUUGUCGCCCAUCUCUUCAAAGCUCUGCAUCAGAAUGUACUCAGCACCUUUAGAGAUACUUCAGCGGAUAAUAUAGGUGAUGAAAUCGGCGCUAGUAUAUACAAAGUUGUUCAACAAUCAAGGAUUUCGAUUGUAAUUUUUUCCAAAAACUAUGCUAAUUCCCCUUGGUGCUUAGACGAGUUGGUCGCAAUCCUGGAAUGUAUCCGCACAAACAAUCAGAGAUUGCUUCCCGUUUUCUAUGGAGUAGAUCCAUCUGAUGUUCGUAAAGCCAAAGGGCCCUUUGGGGAAGCUUUAGUUCACUUGGAGAGACGUUACAGCGACAAUAUGGAAAAGGUGAAGCUUUGGCGCUACGCUCUAAGAAGUGCCGCCGACAUUUCUGGAUUUGAUCGCAAUAAUUACAGGGAUGAGGCCAAGCUUAUUGAGGACAUUGUAAAAUGUACUUGGAGACUCUGCCGUGACUUCGAACGGAUCUUGAAUUGAGAGCUUGAAUGAGACUGUAAUCAAAUACCAGAGCUUUUCACCGAGUAUAAAUAUUUUGGAUGAACAAGAAAUCACAGCUUUGGAAAUAGUUUCAACUUUCAACACCAAAGCAUAAUUACGUUGAGGGAUAUAUUGUGGGUUUUAUUGCUUUUGAAUAAACAAAUUUCUGUAAAACAGUAGAAAAUGUCAAUUAGAUGCUGUUAUUGAGGACAUUCAUCGACUGGCUAGGCCAUUCACUAGAAUAUCCCCGAAAGCAUGUGUUUAGGGAGGCGAACUUCCUACUGUGGACAGAUCUUACUUCUAUGAUCGUGUACUAUUACGAUUGUGGCGUGUAAUGCUUAUAUCUUUGAUUGUAUGAGUGUGGAUGCGGUAGGGAAUUUAGUUUGUAACUGGUUGUGUGGUUGUACUCCUUUCUUUCUGUAUAAAUAAGGUGUCUUCUCUCCUCUA